AUGGCACAGUGGCAAGCUCUCCAGGCUCAGGCCAAGAAUAUCUCCCCAGGGAUCCUGGCUGCUGUCCUUGUGGGCGGAUGGAUCAUCUGGCAGGCCAUAACAUAUCUCAAAGACCCCUUGCGAGACGUGCCCGGGCCAUUCUGGGCACGGUUCACGAGGCUUUGGUAUCUCAAAGAAAUUGCUGGAGGGCGCUUCGAAAAGAUGAACGUCCAGUUGCACAACAAAUACGGACCGAUUGUUCGAAUUGCGCCCAACUACUAUUCCAUCGACGACGUUGAUGCCAUCAGAACCAUAUACGGUCACGGCACACAUUUUGUCAAGGGAAAAUGGUAUGUCGCAUCCGCGAAUCCGAAGAAUGAAGAGCCCGAUCUUUUCACAGACCUCAACCCGGAAACGCACGCCGCCAGGCGUCGGGCUGUUGCUUCAAUGUUCUCAGUGACCAGCUUGCUGGCCAUGGAGCCGCAGGCUGUCAAAUGUGCUCAGAUACUCGUGCAGAGGUUCACUGAGCUCGCCGAAUCGCACGCUCCGAUCAAUCUGCAGGUCUGGUUGCAGUACUAUGCAUUCGACGUGAUUGCCCUCAUCACGCUCAAUAAGCGAUUUGGCUUCCUCGAUACAGGCAAAGACAACGGAGGCAUGAUUGCUGCACUUCAUUCAUACCUGCUGUACCUGUCAAAAGUCGGAGUCUUCCACGAAUGGCACAAUACCUUUACCCGGAUUCUGUCUUACCUCCCUAGUAGCAGUAGUGGAGGCAUGCAUUACAUGGGAGCUUUCCUGCAUGAACAAAUCCGCGAAGGGCAGAAACAGAAGACUAAAAGCGACCUAGAAAAGGACGAGUCCAAACCCACGGACGAUUUCCUUACCAAAAUGUUACGCAUGCAUGCCUUGCAGCCUGACAAGUUCCCCAUGUCCGCCGUCUUUACCACGUGCGGCACCAACAUAGCCGCUGGAUCGGAUACGACAUCCGUCAGCCUCGCAGCAAUUUUGUAUCACCUCAUGAGAUCUCCAGAAAAAUUGGAAAAGCUGAGACGAGAGAUUGACGAAGCAAUCGAAGAGCGAGGCUCUAAGGAUAUGCUGUCCUUUCAAGAAGCUCAGAAGCUGCCUUAUCUUCAAGCUUGCAUUAAAGAGGCCUUGCGUGUGCACCCCGCCACCGGCUUGCCUAUGGUUCGAGUCGUUCCAGAGGGUGGUGCAAUGAUCGCGGGACGAUACUUCCCAGCCAAGACCGAAGUGGGCGUCAACAGUUGGGUAGCGCAUGCGAACCAGCGUAUCUUUGGCCCUGAUGCAGAGGAGUUCGUACCUGAGCGUUGGCUAGAAUCCCCGGAACGAACAUCGGAGAUGAACCGAUACAUCAUGACUUUCGGGGCCGGGUCGCGAACAUGUAUCGGCAAGAAUAUCAGCUUACUGGAGAUAUCGAUCCUGAUACCCGAGUUGGUCAGGAAAUUUGAUUUCACACUGGUUGAUCCAGACAGGCCGCUGGAGAUCGAAAACGUCUGGUUUGUAAAACAGAAGAAUCUAGAGUGUUUCGUGACGGAGAGGAAAGGACAUUGA